UCAUGGAUGUGGCAGAUUCCUGAGCAGAAAGGAUGACAUCAGAGGCCGCGGUCUCCACACCUGCUGCCAUUAGCAGCACACCCGCCAAGAGGGACUACUACUGGCUUCGCUCCUUCGUAGCUGGAGGGGCUGUAUGUGAGAAUACAAAGGUUCGAGUCAGUUGCUGAAGACAUUCUCCAGAGUAUUUCCUGCGGCCAGCCUCCCUAUUAAAAACACUGGAUAUUCUCCUAGUCAGAAUACAGCUUGACUAUGUCUGGAGAUUCACUGCGAGCAAAUGAUGACGACACGCCUGCCUAACUCGGACGGACUCAAAAAUACAAAUAGGAAUUUAAACUUCAAGUCCUGCCUCCUGUCUGCUCGACCUGGGCGCCACACCUCACCUAAACGCUCCAGACAGUUUCCUGUUGUAAAUACAUCCAAACUGGGUGUGGCAGGAUGCUGUGCCAAAAGCACCAUCGCUCCUCUGGACAGGGUCAAAAUUCUUCUCCAAGCCCACAACCCCCACUACAAACAUCUAGGAGUGUUUUCCACUCUCAAGGCUGUGCCAAAGAAAGAAGGCUUCCUUGGCUUGUACAAGGGUAACGGGGCAAUGAUGGUCAGGAUUUUUCCGUAUGGAGCCAUCCAGUUCAUGGCCUUUGACAAAUACAAAAAGCUGCUACGUAAACAGAUGGGAAUCUCUGGACACAUCCACCGCCUCAUGGCCGGCUCUAUGGCAGGGAUGACCGCGGUGAUAUUCACCUACCCCCUGGAUGUGAUCCGAGCCCGACUGGCCUUCCAGGUGACAGGAGAUCAUCGCUACACCGGCAUUGCCAACGCCUUCCACACCAUCUACCUUAAGGAGGGGGGCGUUUUGGGUUUCUACAGGGGACUUACUCCAACACUUAUCGGAAUGGCCCCUUAUGCAGGGUUCUCGUUCUUCACCUACGGCACCCUGAAGACCCUCGGCUUGAAGCAUUUCCCAGAGCGGCUGGGACGCCCCUCCUCAGACAACCCCGACGUCCUGGUCCUGAAGCCCCACGUCAACCUGCUCUGCGGAGGCGUUGCUGGUGCCAUCGCUCAGACAAUAUCGUACCCGUUGGAUGUGGCUCGGAGAAGAAUGCAGUUAGGAGCCGUGCUUCCUGACUCUGAGAAAUGCACAUCACUGAGCAAGACCCUGAAGUACGUGUAUAAUGGGUACGGGGUCAAGAAGGGAUUGUACCGAGGCCUUUCUCUCAACUACAUCCGCUGUGUCCCCUCCCAAGCUGUGGCCUUCACCACCUAUGAGUUCAUGAAGCAGACCCUCCACCUGAACUAGCCGCUGUUUUUAAAACCGUCCAGCUCUGCAGACCCUGCGCCCGGGCCCGCACCGAGACAUUAAGCAGCUCAGCCUCAAUGCUCCCUUCACAGGGUGAUCCGAGACUCGCUCGCUACAUCUUAAACUCUUCAUAGUGGGCUUUGCCUUUUUCCUUGAGUUCACUGAAGGCACCAGGGAAGUCACUUAAUGCCGACGAAGGAAACCGGAUAUCAAACAUUAAGGUACUCCGUGUCUGUCCUGUUCCAGUCCCUCUUUCUUCCUGUGACUUGCCAGCUCUUAAGAGUUGAUUAACUCAACCACACGACAAGUGGCUUGAAUUUGGUUGGACGGCUUGAGGCAGUGAUUUGCUCUUCAACAAUGUUGCCGACAACACAGAAGCAUCCCUCUGAUUGUGUAACAGCCCCCUCCUCAUUCAGACAUCAGCAACACACACACACAUACACACACACACACACGAACACACACACACACCUCUCUUUCUAAUUAUUUCCAUCGGUUUCACCUCACCCCAAAGUUUAGCCAUAUGUAUUUAUUUAAAUAGUAAACACUUCAGUUCUAAAGCUACACGUUGUCUUUAUUGUUUAAUGUGUCUUCAUUUUUACGGACUUGGCUCUUAUGCUAUAAUCAUAAAUAAUAAUAGUGACAGUAAUUAUAUUCAGAUGUGUCAUAAUGUUUUGUUUAUUUGUGGUUUGCUAUAUUUUUGAAUUUGAGAUAACUGUAAUGUUUGGAGAAGAGUCUGUUUGUGAGUCUUUGCCUUUGUCUUCAACAAGAUGAAUAUAAAACACUAGCUUCAGGGUUAAAGAUGUGAAAGAAGCAGUGUCCUGUGUUGCACAUGAUUUCAGUUUUUAUUCUCGAGGCAACUUCCCUUUUAUUUGCCAAACAUUGCAUUGGGCACCAACUGUAAGUGUUUUACUUUGCUGCUCUCCGAUGUUCAGUGUGUAGCUGUGAUCAGAAUGAGUUGUUUGAGAGUGUUUCAGAUGUUUUGACAUGGAUGUAGCUCCGACAUGUCUGGAGGGAUCUCAGGAGAAAUUUGCCCUUCAUUGCUGUUUCUUUGUGUAUUUAUUCAUUGGGGACUUGUUGCCACCGGGUGGCAGUAUUGAAUAUAUAUUGAAUUGUUUACCAUCAGAGCUGAUAGAACACUCGCACAUAUUUCAAUCUUCUCUUAUCAAAUACACUUUAGGCUAUUUAAGAUUCAUUUUCAGUUUUUUGGGGUUUUGCCUAACCAAAGAAGGUUGUCAGAUAUUGAACAUAACAUUUGCAGCUAAAACACUGUUUGCAUUUAGGAUUGCUGAACAUGAACUGAAUGAGAGUGUUGUGUGUUCACAUCACUUUUCUGAACAAGCAGCCUCAUUUUUGGAGCCUCUUGCCUUCUUCUCCUUUAACCUCUUACUUCGCCGGAGUGAUUGAGGUCGAGUUUAUCCUCAUGCUUCAGUUGCUGCUUCAGCCUUCAUAUGGCUGUAUGGUGUAGAUGCCUUAGAACUGUGGUUUCCAACCUGUAUGGCCUGUGACACUAUUAACACAACAUUCAUACACCAUCUGCACAACCUUCAGGGACAAUUUGGAGUUCCGCAUGCAGACUGGGGACCUGUGGAUUGAACCGAAGACCUCGUGGUUAGUGCACGACCCACUCUCUCCCCUGAGCCACAGCAGCUCAAAUGGUCAGUUUAGUUGCUGUUCAAUCAUAUUGUGACCACUCAGUUGUCAUUGUGUGACCCAUUGAAAGGGGUCGAGACCUCCAGGUGGGAAACCACUACCUUAGAUCAUACAAAUACAAAGAGAAUUCCCACAGACAUGCAUCGAAAGUUUUUUUCUGUAGAAGAGGUUUGGUGUGAAAAAGGCUUCAGGCCCUCCUCAGUCCAAAGGCAACUCAUCAAACUGCUUUAAAAAACAACCUACAUCUGAUCCCGAUAAACUUAGGAGGAGAAUUAGAAAUCAAGCAGUUAAAAAAAACCAUACUCACAUUUUGACGCAACUGGCACGAAUGACCUUUCAAACCAGUCAAAUGAAAAUGUCCAUUGCAGACGUAUGUAACUAACUGUAGCAAAUGGACUGCAGCAUCCGACUAUGCUCUCCACCUGUGUGAGCCUAGGAGAUCAUUACUUUUGUGUGAGUGCUGUAUACACCAGCUUACACUCACUGUUCAUCGAUUUCUGUGUUUGGUUUCAAAUACAUGGUCUCUCAUUGUAAUUGUAAAUUUGCACAGUCUCGUAUCGUUCCUGCUGCUUCAAACAGAUUGUUUUAUAAGACGAGGGAUGCUCAAUACAUUCACACGUAGAAACAUACAUUAUGUCGCUGUACAGCUUCAUUAUCUGUUUGAUAAAAUGCCAGUUUUUGUUUCAGUGACUUUACAUGUGUAAAAACAACUUCAAGCCUUGCAUCCUUAUUUUGUCUUUGUAUAUGAGAAUGAUCUUACCAUCGUUUUUUUUUUACUGAACGAGAAGGUGCAGUAACCUGGAUUUUAGAAAAAUAAUAUCCGAGAGAAAAACAUAGUGAUGCAUUUCACACUUUGUGUCUCAAACCCCUGUUAAUGUCGGUGGACUCUACAACCACUAACGGACGAUAAAGCAUUUGCAUUAAUUUCACUGCAGCUGGAAUAUACUACCUUAUGUUGCCUGAUGUCACACACAGAUUUGACUUGUAAAUGUGAUGUGUAAACAAAACAAUGUACGUACAAAUGUUCUUUGAUGAAUUUCAUCACCACAUCAUCUGUGAAAUACAGUUAACCCGAAUGAAAAUGCUGUUCUCUGUUUUUGUCUUUAUCACUGGGAUUCUUACUAUUGUUUCUUUUAUAAAACGUCCCUCUGUUCA